AUGAGACUCAGCCAGCAUGUGAGAAGCAGUCAGCAAGCGAUCCGGAGCAGUCCGGAGCAGCCAGCGAGUCAGGACCAGGAGCUGACCGCCCCGAAGCUACAGCCAACCGCGUCGUCGGACAAAGACAACGGUAAAAAGCGAAAGUCCGUUGCGAAGGCGGCCGAAGCUACUGCUUCCAAAAAAAAGCCUCGCACAAGAAAAGCAACCACUACAGACUCGACCGAGAGAGUCGAUGAGAGUGAUGAACGGAGCGCGCCCGAACCGAAGAAGCAACGAGGUCGUGCGAAGCCUCCUACCGACGCCGAAAAGAAGCAGCCACGUCGACGAAAGCAGCCGGAUAUUCCAACCCCCACCAGAAGCAACGCCGUUCAUCUCUGCUCAUCUCAGAUCGAGGAGAUCGCCCACGAAGCAUUCGAUUGCUACAAUCGUCAGCUGGUUCUCAUAGAGAGGAGAAGUGGGGUGAGGCGUACAAACCCUACCCGGACGCGAAGGAGGGAGAACAGCCAGACAUGGCGGUGGCUAGAAAGGAGAACCGAGGUGGGUCAGAGGCGGAGGAGUGGGUUCCCCGUGUGCGGCCAUGCUCGCAUAGAAUGA